GCGUGCGCAGGCGUAGAACAGGCUUCGGGCGCGUGAGAGGCGCUGGGGACCGGAAGUCGAAGGGAACGCGGCCGGUUAGUGAGGCAUUCGGGGCCGGGAAGACCCAGGAUGGGCUUGUGUUUGUCACACAGAUCACUGCAGGACUCGUGAGGCGCCCUGUGUGUCACCAGCUUGCCCUGGGCCCCUGGCCACUUGCUGUGUCGUUGCCUGUCAUCGUCCCGUGCCAUCUGUGCGGAGCAAACUUGGCUUUUUGAAGAGAAAGGGUUCCUCCUCGCGGGCAUUGGGCUCUCACUGCACCUUUGAGACCACAUCGUGAAUGCCCGGGACAUGCCGCCUCCCAGAACGACGGAGGGCAGGGAUGAUAGAGGCCGACCCUGGGAUCCCGGUGAGGAGGAGGCCCCUGGGAAAUGGGACUGGAACUGCCCAGAGACCCGCCGCCUCUUCGAGGACGCCUUCUUCCGUGAUGAGGAUUAUAUCCGCCAGGGUUCUGAAGAGUGCAAGAAAUUCUGGACCUUCUUUGAACGCCUGCAGAGAUUCCAGAACCUCAGGAGCUCCGGGAAGGGGGACAGGGACCCUGGGCGGCCCAGGCACAGCAGCCCGGCGCUGGCCAACCUGCCUCACGCUUACGACCCCCGUUACCGCAUCAACUUCUCGAUCGUGGGCCCCGAUGCUUGGGGCCCACGGGGGCUGGGCCGGCCGCCCCCGGGGAGAGUGGCCGAGUUCCGCCGAGCCCUGCUGCACUACCUGGACUUCAGCCAGAAGCAGGCGUUUGGGCGAUUGGCCAAGCUGCAGCAGGAGCGGGCGGCCCUUCCCAUCGCCCAGUACGGGGCCCGCAUCCUGCAGGCCCUGAAGGAGCACCAGGUGGUGGUGGUGGCGGGGGACACGGGCUGCGGCAAGUCCACACAGGUGCCACAGUACCUGCUGGCCGCUGGCUUCAGCCACGUGGCGUGCACCCAGCCCCGGCGCAUCGCCUGCAUCUCCCUGGCCAAGCGCGUCAGCUUCGAGAGCCUCAGUCAGUAUGGUUCGCGGGUCGGCUACCAGAUCCGCUUUGAGAGCACGCGGACGGCGGCCACCAAGAUCGUGUUCCUGACGGUGGGGCUGCUCCUGAGGCAGAUGCAGCAGGAGCCCAGCCUGCCCCAGUACCAGGUGCUGAUUGUGGACGAAGUCCAUGAGCGCCAUCUGCACAACGACUUCCUGCUGGGCGUCCUGCGGCGCCUGUUGCCCCAGCGGCCUGACCUCAAGGUCGUCCUCAUGUCGGCCACCAUCAACAUCUCGCUCUUCUCCAGCUACUUCGGCGGGGCGCCUGUGGUGCAGGUGCCAGGGAGGCUGUUCCCCAUCACGGUCGUGUACCAGCCACAGGAGGCCGAGCCGCCGGCGCCCAAGUCGGAGAAGCUGGACCCUCGGCCUUUCCUGAGGGUGCUGGAGGCCAUCGACAACAAGUACCCGCCCGAGGAGCGGGGCGACCUGCUCGUCUUCCUCAGCGGCAUGGCCGAGAUCAGCGCGGUGCUCGAGGCGGCCCAGACCUACGCCUGCCGCACACAGCGCUGGGUGGUGCUGCCGCUGCACAGCGCCCUCUCGGUGGCGGACCAGGACAAGGUGUUCGAUGUGGCCCCCCCUGGAGUCCGGAAAUGCAUCCUCUCCACCAACAUCGCUGAGACUUCAGUCACCAUCGAUGGGAUACGUUUCGUAGUAGAUUCUGGGAAGGUGAAGGAGAUGGGCUAUGACCCCCAGGCCAAGCUGCAGCGGCUGCAAGAGUUCUGGAUCAGUCAGGCCAGCGCCGAGCAGCGCAAGGGCCGGGCGGGCCGCACGGGCCCCGGCGUCUGCUUCCGCCUCUACGCCGAAUCGGACUAUGAUGCCUUCGCCCCCUACCCUGUCCCCGAGAUCCGGAGGGUGGCCCUGGACGCGCUGGUGCUGCAGAUGAAGAGCAUGAGCGUGGGGGACCCGCGAACCUUCCCCUUCAUCGAGCCCCCACCACCGGCCAGCCUGGAAACGGCCAUCCUCUACCUCCGGGACCAGGGCGCCCUGGACAGCUCAGAGGCCCUCACCCCCAUCGGCUCUCUGCUGGCCCAGCUUCCUGUGGACGUCGUAAUCGGGAAGAUGCUGAUCCUUGGCUCCAUGUUCCACCUGGCGGAGCCCGUGCUCACCAUCGCGGCUGCGCUCAGUGUCCAGUCGCCCUUCACCCGCAGCGCCCAGAGCAAGCCUGAGAGUGCGGGAGCGCGGCGGCCCCUGGACAGUGACCACGGCGACCCCUUCACGCUCUUCAACGUCUUCAAUGCCUGGGUGCAGGUGAAAUCUGAACGGAGCAGGAGCUCACGCAGGUGGUGCCGCCAUCGUGGCAUAGAGGAGCAUCGGCUGUACGAGAUGGCCAACGUACGGCGCCAGUUCAAGGAGCUGCUGGAGGACCACGGGCUGCUGGCCAGGGCCCACACCUCACAGCCAGGGGACAGCCACAGCCGGCUGCAGCGGCGCCGGGAGCGCCGGGCCCUGCACCGGCUGAAGCGCCAACACGAGGAGGGCGGGGGACGCGGCCGCAAGGUGCUGCGGCUGCAGGAUGACGCAGGCGGCUACUCCAGCGAAGAGGACCCGGGCGCCAGCGACAGUGUGGACAUCCAGGAUGUCAAGUUCAAGCUGCGGCACAGCCUGGAUCAGCUGCAGGCGGCCGCCACCGCGGCCCAGGACCUGACGCGCGACCAGGUGGCCCUGCUCAAGCUGGUGCUGGGCCGGGGCCUCUACCCCCAGUUCGCCUUCCCGGACCCGUUCAACAGCAGCCGGAAGGACUCGGACCAGAUUUUCCACACCCAGUCCAAGCAGGGUACUGUGCCGCACCCCACUUCCGUCUUCGCCAGCACCUCGGAGGUACUGCACUCGCAGGAGCAAGAGGCUGGGGGCGCCGCAGGGAGCCGAGGUGACAAGGACCAGAUGAGCAGCAGGCACCAGCUCCUCAGCUUCGUCUCUCUGCUGGAGACCAACAAGGCCUACCUGGUGAACUGCGUCCGCAUCCCAGCUCUCCAGUCCCUCUUGCUGUUCAGCCGGUCCCUGGACACCAACGGGGACUGCUCGCGCCUGGUGGCUGACGGCUGGCUGGAGCUCCAGCUUGCGGACAGUGAGAGCGCGGCCCGGCUCCUGGCGGCUUCCGUGCGGCUCCGUGCCCGCUGGGAAAGUGCACUGGACCGGCAGCUGGCGCGUCAGGCCCAGCGGCGGCUGCCGGAGGUGGACCGAGAAGAAGAAGAGGAGGAGGAGGAUCCCGUCGCCCGCAAGGAGGUGGCCCACCUGAGCAGGGAGCUGCUGAAGUUCACGGCAUCCAAGGUCCCCUACAGCCUCCGGCGGCUCACGGGGCUGGAAGUCCAAAACCUCUAUGUGGGGCCCCAGACCAUCACAGCUGCGCCCAGUCUCCCUGGCCUCUUCGGGAGCUGCACCUUGUCCCCCCACCCCACCAAAGGGGGCUACGCCGUCACUGACUUCCUCACCUACAACUGCCUCACAAGCGACACGGACCUGUACAGCGACUGUCUCCGUACCUUCUGGACCUGCCCCCACUGCGGCCUGCACACGCCGCUGACGCCCCUGGAGCGCAUCGCGCACGAGAACACCUGCCCCAAGGCCCCGCAGGACAGUCCCCCAGGGGCCGAGGAGGCCGCCCCCGAGCCCCUCCCGAAGGCGACUUCCGUCCUGCAGAAGCCCUAUCACUGCGAGGCCUGUGGGAAGGACUUCCUGUUCACACCCACGGAGCUGCUGCGGCACCGGAGGCAGCAUGUGUGAGCCCGGCCGUCGGGAGGGGACAGGGACUCCCGUCCAAGCGCGCCGCCUCCGCCCGGGGCUGUGAGGUCCGGCCCGGCCCCGUCACAGAGGGGAGCGAAGUGAAUAAAGUCUCCUGUGCUGACUCUGACCCCUGGGCCUGCUCCCGCCCGUCUGGAAAGUGGCAGCGGCCCCUUGUCCUCCCCCACAUGUGGCCCCCCUGCUUCCCGCUGCCCUGGGCCAGCCGCGGUGUCCUGGGGCGGGGCGACGGGUGAGACCAAGCAGGGACUCCGGAUCCCAGGCUUCCCGUGGCUGCUGCUGUCUCCUGUCCCCAGGGAGGCCUGCAUGUCCGUCUACACGGUCAGAGAGCUGGGCCCGGUGGGGGUUGGGGGUCAGCGCUGACGUGGGCCCAUGUCCCUCCCAGCCACCAGGGCCAUUCCUGCUGCGGGGUCCAUGACGGCUCUCACUUGUCCCCUGGGGCCCCUGCCCCCACCCCGCCACACACAUGAGAACGAUUGGGAGAUGUGGCGAACCGCUUGACUCUGGUAAAUUCUGCGGCUCUGUUGAAAGGGCAGAACAUCCCAAAAAAUGCAGACAGACUGCUGGGGCACCUGAGUGGCUCGCUCGGUUGAGUGUCCAACUUCAGCUCAGGUCCUGAUCUCAGGGUUGGUGAG